AUGAAGUUCACGUUGGUCUUACUUGCCUCACUUCUCUUCUUGGCCGUCGCUGUACGUGCCGAGGAAGAACAACCUACAACUAUCGAAGAAGUUAAAGAUCAAGCCCCAGCAGAAAAUGAAGAGGGCGAGGUAGCUGAAAAAGAAGAAGACGAGAUCGAAUCUCCUGAGAAUGAAUUACAAGAUAGAGAAGCAGAUGAAGAAGAAGAAGUACCUGAAGAAGCUAAAGCAGCCUUCUGGAGACGCCGUCGCCGUCGUCGUCGUCGCUUCGUCUACCGUCGUCGCUUCGUCUACCGUCGUCGCUUCUUCUACCGUCGUCGCUUCUACUACCGUCGUCGCUACUGGUACCGCCGUCGCUUCUAUUACCGCCGUCGCUUCUACUACCGCCGCCGCCGAUUCGGAAAGAGUGCCGAAAACUAA